AGGGUGAGUGUAGUGUGAGACUUUUUCACGACCCCAUCCCCGAGUGAUAGUUUUGUGUGUGUAUCGAAACAUCGUUUAUUGUAACCAUAGAUUUUUCAGGAAAAUUAUCUACCCGGACCGAAAGCAAAGAGGAUUUGGUGUGAAAGUGAAGAACUUUUCGUGUGGUAUGACCUCCAGUCGGAUUAGUAAAAAUCAGCUGAGUUGUAGAUCAUCCUAGUUGAUUCGUUUGGGGUGUCCGUAUUAAAGCCUGAAGGACCUGUUGCUACUCAAGUUUUUAUUUGCAGAGCGUCAGUUACUGUAGUUUCGAUUUGUUUCCACAAACAGAACGGGCAGACGAGAAUUUUUGUUGAGAAGAAAGAGUCUCGACAGUGCUCAUCGUGGUACUCUAUUUCUAACUUGUAAGUCGCACCUUGCAAAAAUGAACGGGCCGAACGUCAGCUUCAGUGAAACGGACACGACCGGUGGUGUCUACAAAGGCUCGCUCUUCAAGAGCUUGUUCAAGGACAAGAAGACCGUCCUGGAGGGCUAUCCAGCCGUCAAGAAGGGGCUCGCCUUUCCCGAACCAUGUACAAUACAUAGAAUCUCAAUCUAUAAUGUAUUACACAAAGAAAUGGAUGCCUGAGCUGCAUGUUGAUUACGUAAAUACCGUUUAUUGCGUGCUGCGAUUAGGCUAGUACACCUUGCUGGAGCUUGCUGGCUUUGGAGCAGUGCAAGCGUACGAAACACAAACAACUACCUCAGGUUUGAAGUUUGGGUCUUCCACUUACACGUUCAAGACCACGGACGUAGUAGACAAAAUCAGCUGUAAGUACGACGAUAAGGAACUCACCGCCCGUAUCCUGAGUAAAAACGUACCCACACCAGAGUCAAGAUGGGGAAUCGGCUAGACAAAUCCACAAGUUUUGGCUGUUUUGCAUGACAAAUUUGGAUUCGUAGUGUAGUGCUGUUUGAGCUAGCUCAGCAGCAUCACAGAUCUAGCAUACCAUGCUGAUUGGAGCAUGACAAAUUGCAAAACACGACUAGAAAAUGCUUCUCAUGGAGUUCCGCAUGAGAAACAUUUUCAGCAUGCAGAUUUGCAUGACAACUCUGGUGUGGGUACGUUUUUCCUCAGGAUAGCCCGAUACAAGAAGGGUACGGGCAAGUGGGACUUGUUCUGCAAGGUUAAGUACUGCCCGGGCUUCUUCCUCUUCACCAAGUAUACGAAGUUUUUUUAUGGUCAUUCCCAUUUUUGCAUAGAUUUUUUCGAGUGACAAUUUCGAAGAUUUCGGCAUUUUUACCGUGUUGUGUGGUCCAGAUUGAUGAUCUCGAUCGGCACGACUUGUGCACCUACUCUGCAGGUUAUGGCGCGCUUAAAGUCGCGUUUUCAAAAGUCAUAGUUUUUUUUUUUUGCUAGUCUUCAGGCACUGCCGCCGAUUUUAAUGCCCUGCCGAUAUGAGAAUAGGGUCGCCCGAGCUGGCGCGCAUAAAUGCGAUAGCACUGGGCCCCAGGAAGGCAAUUCGGACGGCGCGCAAAAGAAUGCCUCGCCGCGAUCCUUCGUGGCGCAUUCCGCGAUGCAAUUUCGAAAACCCCGGGUCCGCUUCGCCUCCCCCCGCCGCCCAAAGUUCUGAGCAAAGGAAAGGCGACGCGUCGCGGCUUAAUAGCCGAGCCCCGCCACAAUCUGGCGCGCUUACAUGUAGUCCCACCGAGGCAAGGCCCGGCCGCCCCUCAUGCGCCGCUCAGCUUGGUUCUGCUUGUCAGCCGGGGCGCUGCGGCCUGCAUGAGGGCGGAUACCAAUGCCGCCACGCGCCCCACCGGCAAGAUGCGCUUCGCGGCCGCCUCAUGAGCCAGGCGCGCCGGCAAGGCGAGGCCGGCCCCUUCGUGGCGGGCCGCAGAAGGCCACGGCGGCGACACCCUUUAAACAGGAAGCGCACAGCCCGGCUGCGCCAAGUAGCGGCGGCGCCUUCCGUUCGGCGAAUAUUCCGAAUGCCGCCAAGCAACCGGCGGAAGACCAAUAAGCCAGCAAGCCACCCCAAUCGACCCGGGGCCCGAGAUUAUGUGGCCCCGACGACCUUCGCUGGUGUCCUUCCGGGGCAACCUCCGCCGACCCCAUUCCGGAGGCCUCUUCAGAGGCCUCCUUGGGGGGCCUAGUUAGCUCGGGAUUGCAUGAAAUCCAGGGGGGGUGAUCCGGAGGCCAUCCGGGCCGCCAUUGUGGCCCACCAAGGGUUGCCCAAAAGGCCUCCGAAAGCGGCCCCAAUGAGAGGGCUUCAGAAUGGCGCUUCGAAUGGGCGCCCAAUUUGGGGCGCUGGCGAGCCGGGGCUUGAAGGGGGGCUUUUUAGGCCGGCGGCCCUGGCUGGUUCGGGCGGGCGGGGCGGUUCGGAAGGAUUUUGGGGCGGCCUAGCCUUGGGGCCGCGCCUCCGAUGCUAGACCACAGGGGCCACGCCGCAACAGGGAAAACACCGCACGCGUGGCAGCAGCCUGUCUCGGCGGAGAGGCGCGGCAAUGGCCUUGCCGUGGUUGGAAGGCGACCAAAAUAGUAGAGGCGCGAGGGGUGGCGCGGUCACUAGGUCUGUUGUUGCGGCUGGUUGGGAGGCCAGCGUGGUGGCGCCGUUGUGGGGUCGCAGCGAUGCAAGCUGAGGCAACAGGCGCAGCGCCCGCGGCCUUGCGCUACGAGUGUUGCUUCACUUCCGGGGAUGCGGCGAGAUGUGAAAAUGGAUCGCGUGCACUUGCUGGCAAGCUUGCUAAAGGCGGCAGUAGCGUCGCGGCGUCCAGCCUCCCGACGGUGCCAAUUCUGGCGCAUGGCAAAGAUUUCUUGGCGACACACCCAAGGCAAGGCGUGCGGCGUUUCGCCUGCCGGCAUUUAACUGAACUACCCGCGUGCCCAGUUUUUGCGCCACCUUUCAAAAAAAAAAACUAUGACUUUUAAAAACGCGACUUUAAGCGCGCCAUACAGGUAUGAAGAGAAGGGCGAGCCAUUACCCUACUACGUUUGCGGAACAGACAUCGCAAGCGGACCGCUCUCACUGAACCUAAAGGGCAACGCCGGCACGGGCCUGUUGAAAACAUCCUGUCUCUACGACGCAAAGGAUGUGCUCGCAGGCCUCAAGGUUGCUGCGGACUUCAAGGUUUUGGAUACUUCUUGUUUGUGUGACUGAUAUCCAGAUCUUUCUGAAAGGAAACCUGGACUAUAACAUUAUGAUGAUAGAAGAAGAACAAAAUGAUGUAUGUUGAUGACCCUAGCUGCAGGGCGAUGAACAUCUAAAUUAAUGACUGUUUUCAUCAUGUGUGUACUAACUUUUUGGCCAGUGCCAGAUGCAUGACAGCAUGAAAGUUGUGUUACAUGACUUCCUAUCAAUCAAGUUGUUCAAGAUCGAAAGAAAUAUUUUAUUCCAGUGCAACAUGAUGGACCUGAAUCCGGCCCUGUUCGGGUACAACCUCGGCUGCUCGUACGCGAGCCCCGCCGGUACCACGGUUCUUGCCGUCGGCUCGAAGAAGAAGGCUACUUUGAAUCACUCCGUCGCGAUCGACGCAAAAACCACCGCCGUGAUGGAAGUUGUCGCGUCCCUUGGUGGAGACAAGGGUAAAAAAAUCAAAUUUUCAUUCUCGCUGUAGGUAUCUAAAAGUUUGAGCUGGAAGCUAUUCUGCAAUCUAUGUAUCAUCUAAAAAUGAGAACGAACCCGAUGAAAGGAUAAAGGAGAACGACGUGGCCGCGGGUGUGCAUCUGCAUGAUCAAUCUUUAUUCAGGUGCAAUGCCAUUGUCGCUGGGUGUGUGCCACCAGUACGACAAGCAACACCAGCUGCGCGUGCGGACAAAUCAAGCUGGGCAGGUGCAGUGCUGUCUGAAGAAGGACUUUUCGCCGAACCUCAGUUUGCUGAUGGCAACGUGCGUCGACGUGAAAGACAGCAAGUCUAUGCUAAAAACUCCGUCGUUCGGCUUUAAGGUCGUCACGAAAGGCUAGAAUUCUUUAUCUCAACCGAAGCUGCGAGGGCAGGAGCAGGAAGCGAAUUGUUCUCAUGCAGUCCUCCACAGUCCUCCGUCACGGACAUCAAAUCGAACUUGUUAUCAUAUAGUGGCUCGUGUCCGCUUCUUCUAAAACGGCAAAUAUAAGCAGAGCAUUUGUCUUUCCUAAAUCUGAUGAAUCUACAGCAUACUUACAACCGACAUCGUUUUACUUUUUAUCUACCGCACUAAAGAAAAGUCUUAAAUCGAUCCGCGAAAGAUUGAACUACUGAUUGCAGUGUCAAAAAGCGUAAACUCCUAGCACAGGAAGAGCAGCUGUGCUCCGUACCCUGCUUCUGAUGCAGGAUUUUGGGUCGAGUAGUUGCCAUCGCUGAAGCCGAAUCUUCCGCCAACUACAUGCUGUACCAAAUACAGGGAGUGGAAAGUACCUCGCUCGACCGAAGAUGAAAAUACCUGCUGGCCUCUCCACCUGCGAACCUCGUUACAUACAUUUAUUUAUACUACCCUCUAGUAAACAAACCGUCGAUAUGGAGGAUGACAAAAUGCCGAACAAUAAUUUUUAAGGAAAGGAUAAUGUGCAAAAAAUGCAACCUUCAGUCUACGGUUGGCUGGCCGUGCGGCCUCAUGAAGUCGUGUAGGUACCCCCUACCGAUCGGGGCCGCCGCCACCAGCCGAUAUUGUGUCAAAAAAACGCAACGACUUCCAAAGCUCGCGCUGCCAGGUCAUUUUCCGCCAGGGAGACGAGACAAAUAAAGAAAUAAUACGCAGGUGGCAGGCGCGAUUAAGAAAGAGCCGUGUUGUAGUAUGUCUCCCUUGCUCGUCCGAACCCUAGAACUGCAGUUCGAAGUAAGAGAAGGCGCAAAGAGAAGACGCUUACGAAGCCAC